UCCCCCCCUUUCCUUCUUCGUUACCCACAGGGUCAAGGGCGGCGCACUGAUCUACGCUUUGAUAGAGCUCCCCAGGCGGUUCUGCUUGCAUAUCAAAUGUCUUUUGACAUCAGAACGGACUAUCCUAGUUUUAUUUGGUGCGACUUUCGGUUCAUAUGCCGUAGUCUGUUGUUUUGUUGUCGUAGAGCAUUAUUUCGGCACUGGACUUGAUAAUUCAGAGAUUUUGGCUCGGAGCUGAACUUAAUCCAAAGGUUUCCAUUUCUGAGCCAACAAAGGUUUUCGCUGCUGAGGAUACUUUUGAGAAGCACAGUUAUACUGUUAUUGCUGUUUGGCUAUAUCAAAUUUUAAGUCUCAUUAUAGUAUUAUAGACAAGAGAUCGUGAUGGCUAAGACCAACCUCCCACCGGGCUUCCGUUUUCACCCCACUGAUGUUGAGCUUGUUUGGUACUACUUGAAGAGGAAAGUAAUGGGAAAGCCUUUCCGGUCUGAGGCUAUUUCUGAAGUUGAGCUAUACAAAUUCGCCCCUUGGGAACUCCCAGAAAAAUCUCGGUUGCGCACAAGGGAUCUUGAGUGGUACUUCUUUUGCCAUCGUGAUAAAAAAUAUUCAAAUGGCUCUCGAUCAAAUCGAGCAACUGAUGGUGGUUAUUGGAAGGCUACUGGAAAAGACAAAUCUGUCAUUCACAACUCUUGUACGGUUGGUAUGAGAAGGACUCUAGUUUUUCACGAGGGGAAACCACCAAAGGGGACAAGGACUAACUGGGUGAUGUAUGAAUACCGACUACAGAGCAGGGAAUUGGUUGAUGCUGGAUUCGCACAGGUUAAGCUUGCUUCCGAUACUUAUUUAAAGGACGCUUACUUACUCUGCAAAGUAUUCCAAAAGAGUGGUCUGGGUCCUAGAAUUGGGGAGCAAUAUGGUGCGCCAUUUAACGAAGAGGACUGGGAGGAUGACACGGCCAUUGAGAGUUCCUUUCCUCUUCCUUGUGUAUCUUCUUGCCUGAGUGCAGAACCAUUAGAUAACCAAGCUAUACAGGCGGAUCCAGUUAGCAAACAGCCUAUAGCUUCCAGUGCUGUUGAGUUACUUUCCGAUCAUGAUCUUCUUGAUGUUGAUGGAAUAUCGUUGGAGGAGUUGGCAGAGUUUCUUAAUAGCUCUCCACUCGUAGAGAAUGCUGAUGGCAAGAUGCCUGAUUUAACCAUUCCUAGCAUGAAUGUUAAUGAAGCUGCAGCUAUGGACCCUGAAGGAGUAUAUAAUGAAUUAGACGAUCUCUCUACUGGGGAAUUGAUUUCUGGCAAUAUCGAUCUAAUUGAAAACAUUCUCAAUGAAACUGCCUUGUGUCCUACGCUACAAGAACUUGAUAGUAAACAGUAUGUUGAGCUGAAUGAUCUUAUUGGGGAUGGAAAUCCCUAUGUGUCUGUCGAGCCAAGUACUCCAUUUGCCCCAAACCCAUCUGGUCAUUGGCCCGAUUUGGAGAAUCUGAAUCACAUCCUUGAUCCAAUCCCUUACUUUGAUAAUGAUGUUUAUGGUGGCAUGCAUGGUCUUCCUCAUACAGGACCUGAUACAACAAGCCAACAUUGGUUACCGGGCAUGCAGAUUGGAGAUUUUGGUGAAUUUGUGCCCCCACUUGAACGAUCCUCUUUCUGAGUAUUUAUCAUCACUUGCAAGAACACUCUCCAGCUAAAUUCCUGUGGCCCCUUUUGUCUAUAUGGGUUUCAAGCAUCAAAAGCCAAGUGUUUGUUAUAGCUAUGGGCCAAUAUUUACUGAAAGGACGAUGUCAAGAAAAGAAAAUGGAUUCACACUACUUGUGAGUUCUGCCUUAGAAGAGAUGCUCAUCAGUAAAUUUUGCAGCGCUUCCCUGAUUUGUUUUGGUUCUUCAACCAUAGUACAACUUAUUUCUUACUAGUGUCUCUCUCUGGAAUCUGGUGGAAGUUGAAACACUGCAAUUUAUUUCGUGGUAUCUAUUUCGGUGUUCACCAGAUUUACCAAAAGUGAGUGUCACUCAGAGCUUCUCAUGGCUAUAGACAACACAGCUACUGUUCCUAUCAGGCAGUCUAUCAUCCUUCUCUUCCACGAAAGCCGCCUCUAUUCUCUUUCGGCUUCUCAUGGUGUAUUACCAAAAGCUGACAUUCGAACUUCAUGGGGGACGGUUGUCUGCCGGCAGCAGCAUUUAUUUCAGCAUGGAUGUUAAUGGGAAGUCGCAUGCUACAUCUAUUUUAUGUACUUAUUCGAUGUUUAAUGAUGCAACGCUUGGCAAAGGGAGGGGGCCAAUAAUUAUAGUGCUGGUUUGUGUCCUGAACUGCUACUUGAUAAUAAAAGACGUCUAUUGUAGAACAUUUAAGUCGA